UGUUUCAGAAGCAAAUGCAAAUGUAUGCAAAAACAUUUCCCUAUAUGUCAACACAGUCUUAUGGAGUGGAAAUACUUGCUACAAGAGUCACAUUUACUACAGUGAAAGUUUCACAUGCGAUCUCAUUUCUCAGUCCACCCAUUUCCUUUGUUCGAUUUAUCUUCCUUGAAAACGAUACUGCAUCAAAUGGCUGCAUUACUAUCAAAUCGACACAUUUUUAUACAUGGGUUACCAAAGAAUCGUUCAGCACAAACUGAGCACAUUUGAGACUGAGAGACACAGGAAAAGAAAAAGCCGGUUUGUAGCUGCCAGAUAAGAUCUGAACUGAUAGUCUGAAUGUUUUUAAACUACAUUCACUACUUUCACAUUCACCGUUUGACUCCACCGCAGAUCACUGAGCCUGGAGGAUCAUGCAACGUUCAUUGUUUGUGGCUUGAAGCGUGAUGCGCCUGUCAGUCAAACGGGCAGCUGUACUCCUGCUAACUCUCUUCGGAGCUUGUACGCUUACUACUCUAUAUCAAGUGCUAAUAUGCCCUGGAAAGGCUCCCAGACGUUAUAUGCGGUCUAUACUGGUUCGAAACUCGAACCAGACACAGUACCGGUACAAUCAGAACACGCCGAUGGUGUUUGUGGGUGGCGUUCCACGUUCAGGGACCACCUUAAUGCGUGCCAUGCUAGACGCCCACCCUGACAUCCGCUGCGGGGAGGAGACGCGGGUGAUCCCCAGGAUACUGUCUCUGCGGCAGGGCUGGGGGAGGCAGACGGAGGAGCGCUGGGCGCUGGAGGACGAGGGAGUCAGUCAAGAGAUGAUUGACGCUGCGACUACAGCAUUCCUGCUGGAGAUCAUCGCACGACACGGGGAACCUGCCCCACUGCUGUGCAAUAAAGACCCCUUUACACUGAAGAGUGCCGUUUAUCUGUCACGCAUUUUCCCCAACUCUAAAUUCCUGCUAAUGCUCAGAGACGGCCGGGCGUCUGUGCACUCUAUGAUCUCAAGACGAGUGACUAUCACUGGCUUCAACCUGUCCAGCUACAGGAACUGUCUGACUAAAUGGAGCAAUGCAAUCGAAGUCAUGCUCUCCCAGUGUAUGGCGGUCGGCCAGAGUCGUUGUAUGACCGUCCGCUAUGAGGAUCUGGUGCUGCAGCCACGAGCCACUAUGCAGGGUGUGCUACACUUUCUGAACUCACCUUGGCAUGAAGGAGUGCUUCAUCAUGAGGAGGCCAUCGGGCAGCCAGGAGGGGUAUCACUGUCUCGGUAGGGCGAAAUUAUAUUUAAAGGGACCGAAUGUUCCACGGAUCAAGUGAUCAAACCAGUUAACCUGGAAGCCCUCACACGCUGGGUAGGCCACAUCCCAGCAGAUGUCCAGCAGGACAUGGAGAGCAUCGCGCCAAUGCUGCGCAGGCUGGGCUACAACCCCAAUGCCAAUCCACCAGAUUAUGGUCAGCCAGAUCCGGAAGUGAUCAACAAUACUCAAAGGGUACUGCGAGGAGAUUUUAAAACUCCUACGAGCCUGAAAGGAUGGGCACAAGUAUCUCCUAAAGGAGGCAGAAACUGAACUGAUAGUCCUACACUGAUUGCAGUAUGUGCUCGUUUUCAACCUUGGAUAUUUCACCACCAUUUUGUGCCAUACACCGUGAAGGCCUUUCACAAGAUACAGAGCUACCUGAGUUGGAAAUAAUAAGGAGCAUUGUUUUUAUGCAAUAGCUGUGGUUACAUGGGGUCUGAUUUUGACAUCGCCAGAGUCUAUUAUAAUAAUUAGGCAACUAAAUCCUACCAAAAUGUUGCAAUGUAAUAGACUGAUGUCAAAGAAACAAGCCUCAGACGGAAACUGGACACAGAUAGACAUUUUUACUUCCUGAAGCUCUCAGAAGUGUAUUGUUUACUAUUGUUUACUAAGUUUACCAUACAUCAUUUACACUGGACUUCCUGAACAAUGCAGUUUUUUUAUGUCUUGUUUUGGGAAAUGAGAAGAGUGUGACGUAGGGCUUAGUGUCGCACUGAAUGCUGUUGCUAUGUGCCUGCGUGCAUUUUCUUGACCUAGAUAUUAAAUUGAGCCAUUCUUAUUUUCCUAGUGCCAAAACACCCUGUUUUCCCUCUGUUUUUUUUAAGUGAAUUCUUUCAAUAAAUAUAUUCAAACUCG